AUGACUGCAUUUACCUCCUCAUCAAGCACCAUUCACACCCAGGCUGCUCAGCCCUCCUCCCAAGAGGAAGAGACGAGGCGCAACAGCAGUAACAGUCUCAGUGACACCAAGGCUGAGAUCCUGACCACCAGUCUGCAUACCGACCCCACUGCGACUCUUGCGGCUGACUCUACCGUCGAUGCUAUCAUCCACGAUAAGGAGAAAGAGGAGCUCGAGAUGAAGGGGUUGGGCAGCAACAUCGAAAACAAGUCCGUCACUUCUGGCUCCCCACCAAUCACUUCCACUCCAAGACCCAAGCCAGGGUUCUGGAAGCAGCACCUGUCGAUCCGUCCCGAGUUCCAAGGUGACCCUCGAGUGGAGCUAUCGAGAUUCAGAAAGGCUGUUAUCUUGUGUAUCGUCUCGCAGGCUGGAUCUCUUGGAGGCUUCUCCAGUACCAUCUAUUUCCCCUCACUAGUCCAAAUCACUGCGGACCUGAAUGCAUCCCAGACAGCCAUCAAUGCCUCGGUAUCGCUCUUCAUCCUCUUCAUGGGCAUCAGUCCCCUCGUCAGUUCUACGCUCUCAGAUACCUUCCAGGUCCGUCGUGUCCUCUACAUUGGUUUCACCCUCAUCUUUGCCAUCGCCUCCUUGGGUGGCGGAUACGCUAACUCGGCCGGGUCACUUAUCGCUGCUCGUGUCUUCCAGGCUGUUGGAUCGGGUGGUGCCUCUAUCCUUGGUGCUGGCACCGUUGCUGAUAUCUAUCCUCCUGAGGAACAAGGUACAUCCAUGGGUCUGAUGUUCUUGGGCCAGUUCCUCGGUCCAGUCUUGGGACCCCCAUUGGGUGGUGUCCUCGCCAAGGCCUUUGGUUGGGAGUCCACCUUCUACUUUAUGGCUAUCAUUGCCGUUAUUGUCAUUGUUGAGCUGUUCUUCCUUCUGCCAGAGACCUACCGUGCCCCCGACAGAGACGUUCUCAAGGAGAUGGAGGAGGUCAAGGGGUAUGCUGCGGAGGGCAAGGAUGAAAAGAACGCGUCGGCCACUCGUCGUAUUGGUGGAGCGUUCAAUCCCUUCCAGGCCGUCAUGUUACUCAAGCAUCCUGUCGUCCUCUUGUCCUCCAUCGAGCUUGGUUUCAUCUUUGCUCUCAUGUUCUCCAUCGAAACGCUUGCGCCAGUAUUGUUCACAAACAAUUACGGUCUGGCCGAGGACCAGGUCGGUCUAACCUACCUAGGCGCCGGUGCUGGAAGUAUCUUGGGCGCCAUCUUGGGUGGCAAGCUCUCCGAUAUCGCCUUGAUGCGCGCGAAAGCCAAGAACGGUGGUGAAAUCGUCCUCGAAGACCGCCUCUCGAUCAGCAUGUGGGUCGCCGGCUUCCUCAUCGUCCCCUUUGGAUCCCUCCUCUUCGGUUUCGGUGCCGAAAAGCACCUCUCGAUUGCUGCACCCAUUGUCGGUUUUGGAAUCUACAACUUUGGAAUGGCCCAGGUCAUUGCUGCUGGUUCCGCUUAUCUGGUUAACGCGAUCCCAGGCCAGGGCUCUUCUGCGACUGCAGCGGCCAACUUUUUGAGGAUGGUGUUGGCCUGUAUCUUUUCAUUGAUUGCGCAGAUUAUUGUUGACCAUGUUGGGUAUGGCAACUAUGGUAUCAUCCAGGCGGCUCUCAACAUCAUUUGUAUGGGCCUGUUCUAUAUUGUCAAGCUGCGUGGCGCUGGUAUGAGAGAGACUGCUACCAGAAAGGAGGAGGCCUCUCGCAAGUAA